AUGGGUCGCAUGUAUGGCAAGGGCAAGGGCAUCGCCAGCUCGGCGAUCCCUUACAAGAGGACGCCCCCCACGUGGCUGAAGAUGAAGCCGGAGGACGUGUGCGAUCACAUUUGCAAGCUUGCCAAGAAGGGCCUCACACCAUCUCAGAUUGGUGUGACUCUUCGAGAUAGCUUCGGAGUGCCUCAGGUGAAGAACGUGACCGGAAACCAUAUCCUCCGAAUCCUGAAGACCAACGGCCUGGCUCCCACCCUGCCGGAGGAUCUCUACUACCUCAUCAAGAAGGCCGUGUCCAUCCGAAAGCACCUUGACAAGAACCGCAAGGACAAGGACGCCAAGUUCCGCCUCAUCUUGGUCGAGAGCAGAAUCCACCGACUUGCAAGGUACUACAAGCGUCCGCACCUGAGUCACGUAUCACAAGAUACGUCUCCGCGACGGCCUCGGCGCUGGUGGCGUGAGGAAGCCCUGGAGAGCGGUGCCGUCUGCACUAAGCUGUCCCUUCUUCCCGGGAACAAGCCCCACGGACCUUGCUGUGACUUCACCAUGCAGGUGUUGUACAGCAAGUUCCGGGCAGCAGCCCCCAACUACAGGCCCUUGCUCUCUUUGCUGAACAAGCGCGUGGAGGUGAAUGAAACCUACGCCGCGACGCUGGAGGAGAUCGAGGGCUUCUUCGUCCAUCUCCGGCUCCGGCUCUUGACGCCCGUUUCCAGCCAGCUGCAGUCCAUCGUGCAUGGCGAAUUGGAGCUGAGCCAGCUCGCUCCCGCCACGCGGCAGGCCAGCACUUACAUCCUCGAGAUCGCACAGCUCGAAAAGCAGUGCUUUGAGGCGUAUUUCGAGCUGAGACAUCAGCAGGAGGCCUUGAGGACGCUGCUCAGCAAGCUGGCGGAUGCCUUCUACCAGCAGAUGGAUGUCUUGGAGCCACAUCGUCUGCAAUCGGACGUCUGUGUGCUCGGGGCUGUGUACCGGCUGCACAAGGAUGUGCAGGAGAAGCUCAUUUAUCGGGUGGAGAUGUACAUCCGUGAAGAGAUCAAGGGGUACGUGCUUGGCAGCUCAGACCUGGACUAUCCGCCCCGACCCCGUCUGGAUGGGACGUGUCGCUUCUGGGGCUCUGCUGAGGCUACUAAACCCUAA